AUGCAGGUUGCGAGGGUUUGUCGGAGGACUGACUGUCUCUUCUCCGGUGGUGCUGAGGCGUCGUUCAACCAGUGCGGUGAGGCGGAGCUGCGGCGGAAUUCCGGUGUGAAGCAAUUUGCUUUUCUUUCUAGCUCCGGAGCUGUUUUGAGGGCGGCAGCGUGGAGGUGCGGCGGUGGUCGGUUUCGAUCUCGCGGUCUAGCAGUUUUGGCGGUGUUGCUGUUUUCGGAGAUCCAUUUCAAGUUUCUAGUUCAUUUCACGGUGGUGUAUUUCGGUUAUUGGCUGAGGUCUUCUUCUCCCGACCUGAACCCAUCGGAAGAGAGAGGCUGGGAUCAGGUUGCUUGCCGGCUCUGA